AUGGAGUCCACCUGUAAUGGAUCAAAGGACUCCUCACCUGUCUUCUACCUGGUGGGCAUCCCCUCUCUGCCUGAAACCCUCUUCUUCCUUGUCUUCUUGCUUUUCCUCUUAAUUUACCUGCUUAUCCUGGUGGGUAACGCCCUGAUCCUGGUGGCCGUGGGGACAGAGCCCAGACUCCAUAAACCCAUGUACUUCUUCCUGAUCAACCUCUCAGCCCUGGACAUCCUCUCCACUACAACCACCCUCCCCAAAAUGCUGUCCCUCCUCUUGCUUGGGGACCACGUCUUCAGCUUCCCCGCCUGCUUCCUGCAGAUGUACCUCUUCCAUGGCCUUAACUGCUCUGAAGCCUUCAUCCUGGUGGUCAUGGCCUAUGACCGCUACGUGGCUAUCUGCCGGCCCCUGCACUACCCUGUGCACAUGACCCCGCAGACCAAUGCUGCCCUGGCGGCCAGUGCCUGGCUCGCCGCCCUCCUUCUGCCCAUCCCAGCAGUGGUGAAGACCUCCCAGAUGGCAUAUGACAACAUUGCUCGAAUCUACCACUGCUUCUGUGACCACCUGGCUCUAGUUCAGGCCUCCUGCUCUGACACCACCCCCCAGACCCUCCUGGGCUUCUGCAUCGCCAUGGUCGUGUCCUUCCUGCCCCUCCUCCUGGUGCUUCUCUCCUAUGCCCACAUUGUGGCCUCGGUGCUUCGCAUCAGCUCCCGAGAAGGACGCUCCAAAGCCUUCUCCACCUGCACCUCCCACCUGCUGGUGGUUGGCACCUACUACUCAUCCAUCGCCAUAGCCUAUGUGGCCUACAGGGCUGACCUGCCCCUUGACUUCCACAUCGUGGGCAACGUGGUGUUUGCCAUCCUCACACCUGUCCUCAACCCUCUCAUCUACACCCUGAGAAACAAGGAUGUCAAGGCAGCCAUCACCAAAAUUGCAUGUCGCCAGGAGCCAGGACAUCCUGGGGGCCCUUGA